GGAACAUGGCGCAAGCUCUGUCUGAGGAGGAGUUUCAGCGAAUGCAGGCUCAGCUCCUGGAACUCCGGACAAACAACUAUCAGCUUUCAGAUGAACUCCGGAAGAAUGGUGUUGAGCUCACCAGCCUUCGACAGAAGGUCGCCUACCUGGACAAGGAGUUCGCCAAAGCUCAGAAGGCACUGAGCAAGAGCAAGAAAGCUCAGGAAGUCGAAGGACUGCUGAGUGAAAACGAGAUGCUGCAGGCAAAGCUGCACAGCCAGGAGGAGGACUUCCGUUUGCAGAAUAGCACGCUUAUGGCUGAGUUCAGCAAGCUCUGCAGCCAGAUGGAACAGCUUGAGUGGGAGAACCAGCAACUGAAGGAUGGCGCUGCCAGGGAAGGGGCUGCUCAAGUCGGGAGCCUUGUGGACGGGGAGCUGCUGAGACUGCAAGCCGAGAACACAGCCUUACAGAAGAAUGUGGCAGCCCUGCAUGAGCGCUAUGGGAAAGAGACCGAGAGGUCUCUAGAUGUCACCGAGGGUCAAGGUGAGCUCCCAGGGGGCCCAGCUCCUACUGUCCCAGCCCCCAUGCCACUGUCAGAAGUACAGCUGAAAUGGGAAAUGGAGAAAGAAGAGAAGAGAUUGCUCUGGGAGCAACUGCAAGGCUUGGAGAACUUGAAGCAGGCCGAGACAUCCAGGCUACAAGAAGAACUUGCUAAGCUCUCUGAGAAACUGAAAAAGAAACAAGAAAGUUUUUGCCGCCUGCAGACAGAGAAAGAGACACUAUUCAAUGACAGCAGGAACAAGAUUGAGGAGUUACAACAGCGGAAGGAAGCUGAUCUCAAAGCUCAGCUGGCUCGAACCCAGAAGCUGCAGCAGGAACUUGAGGCUGCCAAUCAGAGCUUGGCAGAACUGAGAGAUCAGCAGCAAGGGGAGCGCCUGGAGCAUGCGGCAGCUCUGCGAGCCCUGCAAGAUCAGGUGUCCAUCCAGAGUGCAGAUGCGCAGGAACAAGUGGAAGGGCUUUUGGCUGAGAACAGUGCCUUGAGGACUAGCCUGGCUGCCCUGGAGCAGAUCCAAACAGCCAAGACCCAAGAACUGAAUGCGCUCCGGGAACAGACUACCGGGCUAGCAGCUGAGUUGCAGCAGCGGCAGGCUGAGUACGAGGACCUCAUGGGACAGAAAGAUGAUCUCAACUCCCAGCUCCAGGAGUCAUUACGGGCCAAUAGUCGGCUGCUGGAACAGCUUCAAGAACUAGGACAGGAGAAGGAGCAAUUGAUUCAGGACCUUCAGGAGGCUCGAAAGAGUGCUGAGAAGCGGAAGGCCAUGCUGGAUGAGCUGGCGAUGGAAACAUUGCAGGAGAAGUCGCAGCACAAGGAGGAGCUGGAAGCAGUCCUCCUACGGCAUGAGAAGGAGGUGCUAGGGGUGCGGGCCCGCUAUGAGCGGGAGCUCCGAGAGCUACAUGAAGACAAGAAGCGGCAGGAGGAGGAGCUCCGCGGACAGAUCCGAGAGGAGAAGGCCCGCACACGGGACAUGGAGAACCUCCAACAGACAGUGGAAGAACUGCAGGCUCAGGUACAUUCCAUGGAUGGAGCUAAAGGCUGGUUCGAACGACGCUUAAAGGAAGCUGAGGAAUCUCUGCAGAAGCAGCAACAAGAACAAGAGGAAGCCCUCAAGCAAUGUCAGGAGCAGCAUGCUGCCGAGCUGAAGGGCAAGGAGGAGGAGCUGCAGGGGGUGAGAGAUAAGCUUCAGCAGGCCCAGGAGGAGCGAGACAGCCACCUGAAAACCAUCAGCAACCUGAAACAGGAGGUGAAGGACACCGUGGAUGGCCAGCGAAUCCUGGAGAAGAAGGGCAGUGCUGCACUCAAGGACCUCAAGCGACAGCUGCACCUGGAGCGGAAACGGGCAGACAAGCUGCAGGAGCGGCUGCAGGACAUCCUCACCAACAGCAAGAGCCGCUCGGGCCUCGAGGAGCUGGUUCUUUCCGAGAUGAACUCACCAAGUCGGACCCAGACAGGGGACAGCAGUAGCGUUUCCUCCUUCAGCUACCGUGAGAUUUUGCGGGAGAAGGAGAGCUCAACUGUUCCGGCUAGGUCUUUGUCUAACAGCCCUCAGGCCCAGCCUCCUCGGCCAGCAGAGCUCUCGGACGAGGAAGUGGCUGAGCUCUUUCAACGGCUGGCAGAGACACAACAGGAGAAAUGGAUGCUGGAGGAGAAGGUGAAGCACCUGGAGGUGAGCAGUGCCUCCAUGGCAGAGGACCUCUGCCGGAAGAGCGCCAUCAUUGAAACCUAUGUCAUGGACAGCCGGAUUGAUGUGUCUGUGGCAGCAGGCCACACUGACCGCAGCGGACUGGGCAGCGUCCUAAGAGACCUAGUGAAGCCGGGCGAUGAGAACCUUCGGGAGAUGAACAAGAAGCUGCAGAACAUGCUGGAGGAACAGCUCACCAAGAACAUGCACUUGCACAAGGACAUGGAAGUUCUGUCCCAGGAAAUUGUGCGGCUCAGCAAGGAGUGUGUGGGGUCCCCCGAUCCAGACCUAGAGCCUGGAGAGGCCAUCUAAAGACCUAAAGAUCCAAAGGCUGCGCACGUUCCUUCCCUGCCCCACUUCCUAAGACUCCAUUCCUUUGGGCUGUGGCGGGGAAUGGAGCCCUCAGCCAAAAAGGAAUAGGUAGGGCAACUGAACAGUAAAAAGGUUGGAGGCCUCGUGGCUGGUGUUAUUGACCCUGUCUUAAGGCAGAAGUCCCUGGGGAGUGGGGAUCCUGAAGGGAGGGGCAGGGAUUUCUUCUCGGCUGUGGCUUCCAGGGGCCUCUACCUUCCUCUCUGCAUGACCUCUUCCUCCCACAGACCAAUUUUCUUCCUUUUUUAAUUUAUGUCUGGAAGCCUGGCUACUCUGCAUUUGGGAUUGGGGAUGUGGGGUGGAGGUGCGGUCCAUGUUCAGCAUCUGCACAAUGUGUGUGUUUGUAAAGGCUGUGCAGCCAAAAUACCAUCUGGCCAGACAGGCCCACCUACUGA